CUCUCCAGCGACAACAAAGACGCCGGCGAUGGUACCGGUGCCGACGAUGACGGCGGUCGACGGCAUCACGGCGAUAUACAACUUCGGGGACUCGAUAUCCGACACGGGGAACUUCAUCCGGGAAGGCCCCGUCGGGCUGAUGGAGCACACCGGGGAGCCUCCCUACGGCUCCGCCAUCGGCGCCGCCACGGGUCGAUGCUCCGACGGGUACCUCAUGAUCGACUUCCUCGCGGCCGAUCUCGGGCUGCCGCUGCUCAGCCCGUACCUCGACGAGCGCGCCGACUUCACGCACGGCGUCAACUUCGCCGUCACGGGCGCCACGGCCGUCGACACGGCGUCCCUCCAGAGCAUGGGCGUCGACAACAUGCCCCACACCAACAGCUCCCUCUCCGUCCAGCUCCAACGGUUCAAGGACCACAUGGCCAGCGCCUCGAAUUCCCCCUCGGAGAUCCGCGAGAGGCUGGCGAGUUCGCUGGUCAUGCUCGGGGAGAUCGGCGGGAACGACUACAACUACGCCUUCGCCACGAACCGCCCCCGCCACCAGGCCGCCGCCGGCGCCGACGACGACUGGCCGCACAGCUUGUACUACAAGUUCUACAACACCGGGCAGAUGAUCACCGGCGCGGUGGAAGCCAUGGCGCUCGUCCCGCACGUGGUGGCCGCCAUCACGGGCGCCGCCAGGGAGCUGCUGGAGAUGGGCGCCACGCGGAUGGUGAUCCCGGGCAACUUCCCGCUCGGGUGCGCGCCGAGCUACCUGAGCGCCGUGGGCGAGAAGGACCCGGCGGCGUACGACGGCAACGGCUGCCUCGUCGGGCUCAACCUCUUCGCGCAGAUGCACAACGUAGCGCUGCAGCAAGGCAUCCGGGAGCUCCGCGCGACGUACCCUGGCGCCACCAUCGCCUACGCCGAUUACUUCUCCGCGUACGUGCGGAUGCUCCGGGCCGCGUCCGGAUUAGGCUUCGAUGCGGCGGCCGCGACCAAGGCGUGCUGCGGCGCCGGCGGCGGUGAGUAUAACUUUGAUAUGGAUAGGAUGUGCGGCGCGACGGGGACGACGGUGUGCGAGAGGCCCGACGGGUACCUCAGCUGGGACGGCGUCCACCUGACGCAGCGCGUGUACCAGGUCAUGAACGAGCUUCUCUAUCACAGAGGCUUCGCUUACCCUGCGCCCAUCAACUUCCCCCGCACGUAGAUCGGUCGCUUCGUGUGGAUUAACUGGUUUCGUUAAUUAAUUCAACUGUAAAGUACGUCUUGCAUUUGUGUUUGUGUUUUAACCUUUUUAGCUUUGUGAUGAUGCGUUUGUGUUUGUAUUUUUUUUUUCGAGCAGUAAUAAUUGUAUUUAAGUGUAUACGCAAGGAGCUACGAACUU